AGGAAGAGACAAUAAAAUGCAGUUGAAGAGCACAAUGUCAUCUUCUAUAGCAACGAAGCGUAAAUACGUUUUCCAAGAGCUUGAUGAUAUGAGCCUUCCCACGGAUUCGCAAACCAUCGUACGAAUCGUUCAAGCCCGCGGCCAUAAUCUUCACGAAGUUGUCACUUCCUCCGGAGAACAAUUCAUUGUUUCAAUGCCUACUAAAUUCAGACAAAAUAUCUGGGUAAAGAGAGGUGAUUAUAUUGUUAUAGAGCCAAUCAAGGAAGGCAAAAAAGUUAAGGGCGAAAUUGUUAAGAUACUCACAAAGGAUCACAUAAAAUGGUAUCGUGCACAAAAUUGUUGGCCAGCGGAAUUCGAUGAAGAUCCGAAGAGAAACGGACAAUCGAUAGCAACGAAUUAUACUACGUGCGACGAUGAAGAGCUCUUUGUAAAUAUGAACAGGUAUUCCGCUAAUCAGAAAAUAAACGAUAGUGAAAGUGAUUCCAGUGAAUCUGAUUCUGAUUAGUAUUAUAACUUAAAACGGACAGACUUUAUUUUUGUAUUAUAUUACAAGAAUGUACAUACAUAGACAAUUUUGUGCCUGAUAAAAACAAAUCUUUCUUUUUUUCUACUCAAACGUUAUGUUCUUUUCUACUCAAACGUAUGAUAAUGUUUAUAUAGUUAUAUAAUAAAUUUUUACAUCAAAUUGA